AUGCGCGUCGUACCCAACUUUCCGGAACCCAGGACGGACCUCUAUGCAGACCCAGGCUAUUUUAGUAGACUCCAGAGAGCCUUCGAGGCUGCCUUUGCAGCGUGGAACGAAGUCCAGGAUGUUCCAAGGAGAAUACCCAUUUGGCCGCCGGGAGCUGUCAUCAACCAUAGAGAUAGAGCGACUGCGCAUGCUGCUGAGUGGAACGAAGUCCCAGAUAAUUCAGAAACCACCAUCAACCAUCGAGAUAAAGCGACCAAGCAUUCGGGAUGGGUCGAAUGGGCCGAUGUCCCAGCAGAUCUCACGACGAGGCUAUGUAUUCAAUCAGAAAUCGUCAUCAACCAUCGGGAUGAAGCUAUCAGACGUGCCGCUUGUGCAUCGUCCAAGCCCACAAGUGCGUCACAACUGGUGCUUUGGACUGAUGCGUCAGUCCGAAAAGACAGCGUAGCAGGAUGGGCAGUUGCAUUUUGGGAAGGCCUCAACUGGGUGCGUAUCACAGCAAGAGGACAAACAGUAACGAAAAAGAGAAAGCCCCACGUCAACAUCACAGAGCUCCAGGCUAUCGGUCUUGCCCUUGACUACGCAGUACAAUUUGUUGAAAGAAAGACAGGGGACAAAACCCCACUGCAGAUCCUCGAAGUAUACACGGACUCUCAGGGUGCCCUGAUGCUUCUACGAGAAGCGAAGGGAGACUUGUUAAAUCCCAAAAUGUCCAAACUACUGAGGAAGUCAAUAGUGAGUGGGAAAAUAGUGCGGGACGUGAGUCUCAAGAUCAAAAAGCUCGAAGAAGCAGGUGUGCAUACCGAGUUCCACUGGGUGCCUCGAAGCACAACACUUGGUAACAUGCUCGCUGAUAAGGGCGCCGGACUUGCGAGACUCGCAGGUGAAGGCCGUUAUACGGUCGACAACGCGCUUGUUGAGAUUAUGCCACGCCCUAGAGACGAAUAUCAAUGGAAGAGCGGGAAUUUACCUUUGGCACAUUCCCAAGAGUUCAUUGACCGGUCUUGCAUGGCGGAACAUAUCGCAUCAAUGUUGGGGAUCAGAGAGAAAUCCGUGGAAGAUGAAACCAUGAAAGAUACUCCAGAAGAGGCUCAAGAAGAGAUUUCAGAGGAGACCCUUGGAGAGAGUCUAGAGGAGAGCCCCGAGAAGAGUUCAGAAGGAAGUCCAGAGACUCCAGACACGACUCCAGAAGAUACUCUAGAGGAAGCCCCAGAGAAUACUUCAGAAGCGAUUCCAGCAGAUACUCGAGAAGAGAUUCGAGAAGAGGUUCAAGAAUUAUCUCAAAAAGAGUCUCAAGACGUAAGCAUGGAGGAUACUCCAGGGGAGAGUCUAGAGAACAGUCCUGAGAAGCGUCCAGAGGAGGCUCCAGAAGAGAGUCAAGAGGAGAGUCAAGAGGAGAGUCAAGAGGAGAGUCAAGAUUCAGAUCUUAACCUGGGUUUGCUGUAUGAUGCACCAGUCCUGGAGGUGGACAUGACGGAGGAGAUACCGAUAGAUCCUGAACUGUGGCGGCUUUACGCUGAAUGUUUGUAA